AUGAAAACGGAUAAAGGAUUUACAGACAGUAAUUUUGCAUCUAUGCUCAAUGAAUAUAAUUACAAUUUACAUCCUGGUGAUAUAGUUGCUGGAACAAUUUUUAACCAAGAAGAAAAAGGUUUUUUAGUUGAUAUUGGCACAAAGAUGGCCGGCUUUUUACCACAUGAAGAACUUACUUUAAAUAACAACAUUAUAAAAGAAAAGUAUAUACUUUAUGUACCUAAUGAAACUAGAGAAUUUUUUCUUUUAGCUUAUAAUAAAAUUACAAAUCAACUAAUUUUAUCAAUCAAAAGAUUGGAAUAUAUUAGAGCAUGGAAAAGAAUUAAACAAAUAGAAAAUGAAGACAUAAUAUUAAGUAGUAAAAUAAUAAGCAAAAAUAAAGGUGGUGCAAUAGUAAAUGUAGAAGGUUUAGAUGGAUUUAUACCUAAUUCACAUUUAACAAUCAAUAUAGACAAAAAAUUGAUAAAUAAGCAAUAUAUAAAGUGUAAACUACUAUUAGCUAAUGAAAAGGCAAAUCAACUAAUUCUUAGUAAUAAAAAAGCUAGCUUAUCUAUGUCAUCCAAUAAAUUAAAAAUAGGAAAAAUUGUCACAGGAAAAAUUAUUAAGAUAGAAAAUUAUGGAAUUUUUAUACAAAUAUAUGGAAUUAUAGGAUUAUUACAUAUAUCUGAAAUUGGAAAUAAGAAUAUACAAGAUAUUCAUCAUAUUUUCAAUAUAGGAGAUCAUAUCACAGUUAAAAUUUUACAUAUAGAUUUAGAACAAGGUCGACUAUCAGUUUCAAGACGUUACAUAGAUUAG